CUCCUUUUCUGUGGCUGUCUCUGCUAUGAAGUGUUUUUGAAGUAUUUAUUAUUUAGUCAAUGAAAUGAGCUAUUUAAAAGAUAUAUUACUGGUAUGCUUCGCUCUGUUUCCAUCCCUAGUGUGUAUAGUUUUGUCCCCAUUGCAGUGCUGUGGCUCCACCUUAUGAAGAGUACAGAUAUUACAAGAAAAGUAAUUUCCAUUUCAAAUUUGGAAGUGUCCCGGAACAAUGUGAAAUGCCCCUGAUUCAGAACUGUGGGGCCCUGAUCCCUACAUUUUAAUUUGGGGAUGUAAAAGGCUAUGAAUUAUCAGGAGAACACUGCAGUCUUUUUCAGGGACUGAUUGGGAAUCUGAUUGAAUAACAUGAGCUGGAGUUUUCUGACGCGCCUUCUUGAGGAAAUCCAUAACCAUUCCACAUUCGUUGGUAAACUGUGGCUGACUGUCCUUGUUAUAUUCCGCAUUGUGCUGACAGUGGUUGGAGGAGAAUCUAUUUACUACGAUGAACAGACCAAGUUUGUUUGCAAUACCCAACAGCCAGGUUGUGAGAAUGUUUGCUACGAUGCCUUUGCUCCGUUAUCCCACGUGAGAUUCUGGGUAUUCCAGAUAAUUCUGAUUGCAACCCCAUCUAUUAUAUAUCUGGGUUACGCUGUGCACAAAAUUGCCGCAACAGAAGAUCAUGAAUACGAACAGCGGAAGCCAAAGAAACACCAGUAUGCAGUGCAGUGGAAACAGCACCGUGCUUUGGAAGAAGCUGAGGAUGAUAACAUAGAGGAUCCCAUUCUAUAUCCAGAGAUAGAACUGCAUAGUGAUAAAGAGAACCAAGAUCACAAAAGCCUGACCAAGCAUGAUGGGAGGCGUCGCAUAAAAAGGGAUGGUCUAAUGAAAAUUUAUGUUUUGCAGUUGCUCGCCAGGACUGCCUUUGAGUUGAGUUUUCUUGUGGGCCAGUAUAUUUUGUAUGGCUUUGAGGUGACUGCGAGAUAUCAGUGUGAAAGGGAUCCAUGCCCUCAUAAAGUAGACUGCUUCGUAUCUAGGCCAACAGAAAAGACCAUUUUUCUGCUAAUAAUGUAUGCAGUAAGUUGCCUUUGUUUAAUAAUAGACAUAUGGGAGUUGAUUCAUUUGGGAUUUGGCAUGAUCAGGGAUAUACUGCGAAACAAGCAAAACUCAAUGACAGAGGCAAAUUACAGUUACCCAUACACGUGGAACACCCCUUCAGCUCCCCCUGGUUACAACAUUGCAGUCAAACCAGAUCAGAUUCCAUAUACAGAACUUUCAAAUGCUAAAAUGGCUUGCAAGCAAAAUAAGGCUAAUAUUGCUCAGGAGCAGCAAUAUGGUAGUAAUGAUGAGAACAUCCCAGCCAACUUGGAAAGUGUGCAGCAACAGCUGAAACUGGCUCAGGAGCGACUGGACCUGGCUUUCAAGGCUUACAAUGAGCACAGUAACUCCUCAAACCAUCCCAAAGACAAGAAGAAGUCUGGAUCAAAUAAGAGCAGCAUAAGCAGCAAAUCUGGAGAUGGGAAAACCUCUGUGUGGAUUUGAUAACUAUUUUGUUGCUCAACUAGUUCAGUUACUUUUGGACUUGAGGCUAACUUAUUAUGAAUGAGUAGUUCAUAUAUAUUUCUGUCAGUCAAGAUAAAUAGGCAUCUGAGAUCCGGUUCAUGAACAAAAUGUGUUGCCUACUGCAUUUUUGGUUUAUUUUGGCUCCUUCUACAGAGGUCUAGAUUGGAACUUGCUGCACAUUAAGCUUUGUUUUGAAGGACUCUGUUUACUGUGAGGUUGCUUUUGUUAGGUAGACUUUUUGGCAACUUAAUUAGCAUUAUUGAAUUUGAUGAAAUUAUUCCUUCUAGUUGCUGUAUUGCCAAGUUGGGCAUAAGUAUUUUGAAAAUCGAAUGCAGCUUUAACUAUUCAGCCAUAUAUAAGUGCCUUGGAAAAAGGGCAGGAACAAAUGGAAGAUACAGGCCAGUUGUAGUUGCAGCUCGUGUUGCAUGGUUAGUGAAAGGUUAUUUGAAGAAUUUUGUGUAAAAUGUUGUUCUUUAGAUAUUAGGGUCAACAGUGCUUCUAUACCAUUUUUGUAUAUUCAUACUUGCACGCAACAUUUUAAGGAUAAUGAUUUAUCAAGACCAGAUACUGACUUUGGUUAAGACACAUUAUACAACGCUUUGAGAAUAAUGGCUGUUUCUUUGGAUAAUUCCCAUUUUGUCAAAAUUAAGUUAUAUCUGAUUACAUUAGGUCUUCCUUGAUGUAUUGAAAUUGUUACAGAUGCAGAAUCUCUUUUGAUUCUAGCGUUGCUGUAAAGUAACAGUAAUGUUUGAUUUGAGGUGUCAUUGAUAGCAGUGCACAUUCAAGGAAUUGCGCUGUCCAAGAUUUGAUUGGUAAUCAUGAUCCUAAUCCCAAAUCAUUCAAGGAGUACCCUACAUAAGAAGAAGGAAGAUAAGCAACGAGCACAGAAAUGUGUUGAAAUCAAAUGGGAUAAGGUUUGAAAUUGGUACUUAAUAGAGGCACUUCAUAAAUCAAACAUUCUCUAUUUAAGAGACUGGUGAUGCUAAACUAUCUUUUAUUGUUUUAAAUGCAGCUUUUUCUUAUUUUUCAUCUUCAGUCAGAAGAUGUUAGGUUUAAUUUUGAGUUGUAUGCAUCGUGAGUAAAAGAGCAUGUUUCUGGAACAUAUUGUUGGUACCACAGUAUUGUAGAACUUGGGAACUACAAUAUUUUGACGUGCUCCUGAACAUGAUGCUUCUUUUGAAGAAUGAUUAGGUGCAAAGAGCAGGCAAGUACCAUAGCACCUUAGGUAGUAAGGUUUCUUGAGAGAAGACUUCCAAAUAUUACUUUUCUCUUAUUUCCCCAAUUGGUUAACCAAAGUGAACAUUAUAUGAUCAGUUGGUGAGCUUCAUCAAUAUUUGCUGAAGUUGUCAAUAUGAACCAUAAAGAAACCAUCAUAUUUACUUUGGUGACUCAUCAUUUUGAUUUAGGUUAGUAUUCCAAAUCUCAUAAAAUGACCCUCGUCGUCUGAAUGGCAGUGUCCUGAAAGCCAAUAUUGAGUGUUCUAUUGUUUAAAAGCAGAUGUUUACACUUUGUGUAGAAUAAAUAUCAUUUUAGGGCAAAUUUGGAAUACAGGUUAUCAUAGUAUAGGUUAAUGACGCACAUUUAGGAGAAAUAUCCUUUUCUCAUUUUGGAUUUUACAUUUCUUGUAAGGAAUUUUUUGAUGAUCCACCUUAGUAUUUUUAAAAAUGGAGUUGCCAAAUUAAAAUCCGCUCUCUUCAAAUAUUAUUUCAAAAACAGUCAACUCUGACUUCCAAGGCACCAAAUGUACCUUUUUUAUGUACUGGAACAAAUUGUAACAUUGAAGAAUGCCUUUUGGUUGGUUUCAGUCCAUUGCAUAUAGCCUUGUACUUGGCUAAGUGUUUCUGUAGGUCAAAAUGAUAGAGAAAAUGCAAGAAAUCACUGAGGACCUUUUUAGUUUAACCAUCAUUAUAUUUUUAAUGGAAAGUUUAACAUGUGCUGCUUUCCGAGCC